AUGCCCGCUUGCCUCCCCUACUACACCGGCGCGAUGUCCUUCACGCUCCUCCACUUCCUCGCCUGGGCAUUCGCCUUUGUCGCCACGCCUACCGCGCAGUUCCAGACGCCCGGCCACGGCUGCUACACCAUGUGGGGCUACCGCACGUUCUGCGGCAACGUGUCGUACGACCUGACCGGUGACGCCGCCUUCGGCUGUGCGCGCCGCACCUCCACGAUGCGCUGCGGUGCUGCCUUUGGUGUCAUGGCGUCCGGGUGCGGCUUUGCCGCCCUCGUGUUCGCCGUCCUGCUCAACACGCAGAUCCAGCUCCCCGUCAUCAUCUCCUUCGUGCUCGCCGCCGUCUGCAUCCCGUUCACCAUGAUCUCCUGGGCCUGCGUGGCCAGCGUCUACAACAUGGUCAUGUGCGGCGACCGCUUCGGCAGCAAGUACCCCUACACCGCGGGCUUUGUGCUGAUGGUCGCGUCCUGGGGCCUGGAAAUUAUCGCUGUGUCCAUACUCGCCUGCACGAACUGGACGCGCCCGCCGAGGGAGGAGGUCGACAUCGCCGUCUCCAAGCACUAG